AUUGAUGUUGUUUUUUGUAGUCAUUAUGGAUUGACUAGUUCGUAUAAUUACUAGUUUUAAGAAAAUGUGAAACUACAAUUUAAUUUUAGAACAUUAAUCGAUUACCGGUUUAUGAAUAACAACAUGAAGAAUGUCAUCUACUGUUAAAGUUUUUGUUUAAUAUAUUUAAUAUUUAAUUGUUGUACAUGUACAUGUGCAUUGCGUAAUACUUACCACGUGAUUUGUUAGUCAGUGUUAAGCAGAGCAGUGUGACCAGUAAAUGGAAACAAAUCACCAUCGAUUAUUACGAGCUAACCAUCAAUUACUUAUCAACAGUAUAGAAUUAUCAAACUCCGAUGUAUUAGACAUCCUCCAGGAAGACGAAAUCAUAAGCUCUGGGGAAUGCGAAGAAAUCCUAUCUAAUAAAACUAAACGAGAACAAAACGCAAAGCUACUCUAUAUUUUAAAAAGGAGGAGUUUCAAAGACGGAGACCCUUAUCCAUCACUUUUGAGAGCACUUUCGAAUGAUUAUGGUUUCAUUUGUGAGGUGUUAAAAAAAGAAGACGAAUCAAUACAGAAACGCUGUGUGGUGCAAGACGUUAGUGUUAGUUUUACCUGCUUUCACUGUAAAUUAGUAAAGAAUCUAAGAGCUAAGGAUAUAACACAUCAGUUGUUUGAAGAUGAAGUUUUAUCCGACGACGAUUUGGAUUUAAUAAAUUCAGACACAACGUGUCGCGAGCAAGGGGUGAAAAAACUUUUUGAAGCUCUAGGAAAAUCAAGAAUACCCCAAAGUCAAGUUGUAACCUGUUUAGUGUCAAGUUUGAGAAACAAAUAUAAUCACAUUGUCAGACAACAUACGAUUAAUGAACAUACUUUAUACUUUUGUCAUUGCGAACAUUACAUUAAACCUUCGUUGGAAUCGUCUUGCACUGGUUGUUGUGCGAAUCAAAUUAGCAAAUUGAAAUAUCACACACAAAAUGACAUUUCUGCAAAUACAGGAUUGACUGACAAACAGAAAAUAUUUGAAUUGGACGAUGAUGAUAGUCAUAGCAGAGAAAUACGUGUACGCUUAUCUACAGCAAAGCAUCUUAAAGCAAAACCAAUUUCUUCAAACGAAAUACAAAGCUUGGCCCUUUUGAAAAGUGUUUCGAAAUCCCUUCCAAAUAACAAGAAGAUAAUGCGUCUUUGCUCAAAGCUCUGGGAUCAGUUAUUCACUUUACGCGAAAAAGGAGACUGGGAUCUAUUUCACAGCGUAACAAAAGCAGCCAGACAAAAGUACAUCGAAAAUACCGACAUUCAAGUUCUUUUGUAUCGAAGUGAUAUGUGCAUAUCCACCUUUUACAAUGACAAUCGCAGAGAUGCUGUGGAAAGUUUUGAUCAAGCUACCCAUCUGAUUUCUUCCACAUCGAUGCCAGAUUGGCACCUAGCUAGGCUUUUACCACUCAAAGUUGAACUGUUCACACGCUCAAAGCAAUUUGAUGAGGCAUCUUCACUAUUAAAAGAAGCCCAUCAAGCGAUGAGUACCUUGGGCAAUUGUCUUUCUACCGGUGCCGUGUAUUUCUUUGAGGCUAAUUAUCUUGGAGCAAUUCUUCGUUGUACGCAAAAUGGAACAAGAUCGUUUUCUAUCAGAGAAAGAGCAAAAACCUGCUUUUUGACAGCAAUAAAACAUUACGAGCAAGAGAAAGUCUUCAAGAUAAAAUCGUUCUUAAAUCAAGUUUAUCUUUUCCUUGCGUUAUUUGUUCUCGGUGUUGAUGUUAAACAAAUCGAAUACAUGUAUGUGAACAAUGUUUCAAGUGAAGACAUCAGUUUGGCAGAGUUUUAUUUAAACUUGUUUGAAAACAGUUGUUGGGAUGAAUCUACUAACUGGUCAAGGAUGUUGUUUUACAUUGCUCGGUCAGAACAGCAUAAACAAAGACAAAAUCUACAGCGAUCAUUAGAUUAUCUCCAUGAUGCUCUAAAGUGCGCAGUCAAAGGAGACUAUAUAAAACAGAAAGAGUUCAUACAAUGUAAUAUCACUCUUGCUGAAAAGAGCAUACUUGAGAAACAAAGACUUCGUGCAAUUACACAACGUGAACAAACGGUAAAUGAAAUUUUAGCUAAUCUAGAGGAAAGUUCAAGCGAUUCUUGUUAGUUUUAUUUCAUUUUUCAUUGUAACCGUUUAACAAUUUUAAUUUAUUCUAUAAUCGAUCAGACUGGUAUAAAAAAAAUGCUUCUCUUUUAGUACGUAGUUUGUAAGAAAUUAGUGUUUAUAAUGUGACUAACACCGAGUACUUACUUAGAUUAAGACAAUUAGUACGAACAGCAGUUUAAAAAAAAUGUUGAACAUCAUUCUGUUGGUUUAUCAGAUCGAUGCAGUUAUUUUGGUUAUAUUGGACACAGUAUAAAUAGUUAUAAAAGGUACCAGGCUUAUAAUUUGAAACACCAGACGCGCGUUUCGUCUACAUAAGACCCAUUAGUGACGGUCAGAUCAAAGUAAUAUAAAAACCGAACAAGUAUAAAGUUGAAGAGCCUUGAGGACCCAACAUUCCAAAAGGUUGGACCAAAAACCGGUUUAUAGUAUUGUUAUGUGGGGCUAAGGAGACCAUAGUAGUUUCUAACCCGAUCGUUGCAACUUCGCAGAAAUAUUUUCAUGUUGAAGUUGCACGUAUGCAAUUUGUAACUGAGUCAAUUUUCUAUAAAAUAUUACAAAAGAUGGUACCUAA